UCUUAUUUUAUCAAAAUUUAGUCAUGACUAACAAAUGAUUCCAGCAGUGUAAUCCAUAAAUACAUUAUUUGUUAGCCAGGCAAAAAUCUUCUUAUUUUAUCAAAAUUCCUUAUCAUGCCUAGUAAAAGGAAAAAGUUUGAUUCAAGAUUUCCAGCAGCAAAAAUUAAAAAAAUAAUGCAACUUGAUGAAAAUAUUGGGAAGGUAGCUUCUACUGUUCCUAUAGUUAUAUCUCAAGCUUUGGAAUCAUUUUUGAAAUGUUUUUUAUUGGAUAUUGUUGAUAAAAAUCCAAAUCAAAGGGUUAAAACCUUAUCACCACAACUUGUAAAAGAAUCUACCUUACAAAAUCCGAGAUGGAACUUUCUUGAAAAAUUAAUGGCUUCCGUACCUGACCAGAAACAAUCAGUAGAUAUUUAUUCAAAUAAACCAAACACUAGUAAUAGAAUAUCGAAGAACGAUUCAUUAGCAGGUGAAAACACUGUGUCAUCUGAUGAUGAAGACCAUCGUGAAAUUGAAAAAAAUAGUAUUCUCACUCAGAAUGAUAGUGGCUCUGAAGAAAAUAUUUAAUAACAAAAUCAACUAAUAUUUUAACGUUUAAUUAUAUGACCAAUAUUUUUCUAUUAUAAAUAACAUUAUAAUGCAAAAAACAAAAUAUGGAAAAUAAAAAUCA